UCCAGAGUAUAUGAUCCAUGAUAGCAAAGAGGAAGUCACAGUGCCUUUUAUGACAUAGUCAGCACAUCAUCAUUUCUACCAGUUUUUCUGGUAGAAGCAAGCUAGCAAGCACUAAGCUGUCAAAUAGAAGGGGUUUCAGGCUCUACCUACUGAAGGGAAGAAUAUCAAACUGAGUAACCCUGGCCAAGUAGAGCCCAUUCAGCCUAAUACCACCAGGGAUAAACCUAUAGCUUGAUAAAGUGAGAUGUACAGUAUGCUGUUGCAGACCAGAGGAACCACAGGGCUUUUCACCAAACAAAAGUAAAAUGAAUGAAAAUAAACCGGAUGACUCACGGAACCUUGCUUGUGUUUUCUGUCGAAAAAAUGAUGACUGUCCUAGUAAGUAUGGAGAAAAGAAAACUAAUGAGAAGUGGAAUCUCACUGUACAUUACUAUUGUUUGUUAAUGUCAAGUGGAAUUUGGCAGAGAGGUAAAGAAGAAGAAGGAGUGUAUGGUUUUCUAAUAGAAGACAUCAGGAAGGAAGUAAAUAGAGCUUCCAAACUGAAAUGCUGUGUUUGCAAGAAAACUGGUGCUUCAAUUGGAUGUGUUGCACCUCGAUGUAAACGGAGUUAUCAUUUCCCAUGUGGACUUCAGGGAGAGUGUAUUUUCCAGUUUACCGGAAAUUUUGCGUCAUUUUGCUGGAAGCAUCGACCUGUUCAAAUAAUUACAUCUAACAAUUAUAGAGACUCUUUACCAUGUACCAUUUGUUUGGAAUUUAUUGAGCCUGUUCCAACUUACAGCAUAUUACGAAGUCCUUGCUGUAAGAAUGCUUGGUUUCAUAGAGACUGUUUACAGGCUCAAGCAAUAAAUGCAGGAGUGUUUUUCUUUAGGUGUACAAUAUGCAAUAAUAGUGACAUCUUUCAAAAAGAGAUGUUGAGAAUGGGAAUUCAUAUUCCUGAAAAAGAUGCCUCUUGGGAAUUAGAAGAAAAUGCUUAUCAAGAGCUUCUGCAGCACUACGAGCAUUGUGAUGUCCGAAGAUGUCGUUGUAAAGAAGGGCGAGACUAUAAUGCACCUGACAGCAAGUGGGAAAUAAAGCGCUGUCAGUGUUGUGGUUCUAGUGGAACACAUUUAGCCUGUUCCUCACUACGAUCAUGGGAACAAAAUUGGGAGUGUUUGGAAUGUAGAAGUAUUAUCUACAAUUCAGGUUUCCAAAAAGCCAAAAAACAUGCAUUACCCAACUCUAACAGUGCAGCAAUUACUGAUUGUUUGUUGGAGGAAUCAUCACCUAAAUUACCCAGACAGUCACCUGGAGCCCAAAGUAAAGAUCUACUGAGGCAAGGCAGCAAGUUUAGAAGAGAGAUUUCAACCAUACUGAUAGAGUUAGGCUUCCAAAUUAAGAAAAAAACUAAAAGGUUAUGUAUCAACAAAGCCAGUAUCUGGAAUAGUGCCUUAGAUGGAUUCAGAAAUCAAAACUUUAAUCCUUUAUAUACAAUCGAAGUUGUAUAUGUUAAUGAAGAUGAUCCUUUUGGAAGAGAACAUCCUGGGUCAAAGCAAGAAUUUCUAAGUCUCUUAAUGCAGCAUCUUGAGAACUCAUCAUUGUUUGAAGGGUCCUUGUCAAAGAACUUGUCUCUAAAUUCUCAAGCUGUGAAAGAGAAUCUUUACUAUGAAGCUGGCAAAAUGCUUGCCAUAUCUUUGGUUCAUGGUGGUCCUUCACCUGGUUUCUUUUCUAAAACCUUGUUCAAUUGCCUUGUUUAUGGACCAGAAAAUACCCAACCAAUUUUAGACGAUGUUUCAGACUUUGAUGUGGCCCAAAUUAUAAUCAGGAUAAAUACUGCAACAAAUAUGGCUGAUUUAAAUUCAGUAAUAAAUGAAUGCUAUAACUACCUAGAGCUUAUUGGAUGUCAAAGACUUGCAACAACAUUAAGUGAUAAAUAUAUGUUGGCAAAAGACAUACUUGUCUACCAUGUAAUUAAGAGAGUCCAAACACCCUUUGAAAGUUUUAAGCAGGGUCUCAAAACUCUUGGUGUUUUGGAGAAAAUCCAGGCUUACCCAGAAGCAUUUUGUAACAUCCUCUGUAAGAAACCUGAGAAUCUUUCUGCAAAAAUCCUUAGUGAUCUUUUUACAGUACACACAAUACCUGGUGUACAAGCUUUGGGAUUUUGGAACAGUUACUUAGAAACUGUUGAGGAUGGCAAAUCUACAACAACAUUGGAAGACAUUCUUCUUUUUGCAACUGGUUGCAGUUCAAUUCCACCUGCUGGAUUUAAACCAGCUCCUUCAAUUGAGUGCCUUCCUGUGGAUUUUCCCAUUGGAAACAAGUGUAAUAACUGCUUGGCUCUUCCAAUCACCAAUACAUAUAAAGAAUUUCAAGAAAAUAUGGACUUCGCCAUAAGAAAUACUCUAAGACUAGAAAAGGAAGAAAGUUCUCACUACAUUGGACAUUAACAUGUUUGUUUAAACAAACAAAUGUUUCUUUAAAAGCUGCUAUUGAUAACUCUUCUUUCAGAAAUCUAUUAAUCUCAUUACUUUUGAACAAAUUUGUCAGCUUCUUGGCCCAAUAAAAUUCAUAAUAUGAACAUAAAGGAAUGCUUUGGCCAUUUAAGCAAAGAAAAAAUGUUAAGGCAUACUAGUGUAAAUUUGUGAUAUUUUUCUAUUAAUAUACAUGCUUCAUAAACCUCAAUAUACAUACUUUUAAAAUGAUUAUACAAACUUUAUUCAGGUAUAGUAGCAUGGUAUAUAUAAGAAAAAACUUACUAUUUUUAUCAAGGUAUUAAAUAUACCUGUAGGAUGCCACAAUUCUAGUUUUAUGCAAUUUUCAAAGUCUUAUUUUAAAGCAUUAAAUAGAAAAGCUAAUUGGUUAAAUCCUAUUUUAUAAAUCAGAGGCUUAUAUUCUGAGGUGUGCAUUAUAUGUAUGCUUUUCUAGGUUGGCACUAAAUUGUUAAAAAAAUUUUAGAUUGCUGAUUUAUGUUAACAUAUCCCACACAUUAGAUUAUGUUUGCUAGGAAAUAUUUUAUAAAAAGCAAACUUGCACAAAUAUUCUGAAAUCUAUGAACAUUCCUUACACUUAAAAACACUUGUGGGAUAGAUAAAAUGUAGUUGAAAAUACAUAAGAAAGUAUAUUAUCUUUAAAGCCUUGGCUUUAAUCAGAAUUUUUUUUCUGUAUCAUAUGUCAGAUUCUUGAUCGUUUUAGGUAUUUGAAUUCUGUGGACUGCCAUGUGGUAGGUUUGGCUAUUUGUCAGUUAUUUAUUAUAAAGAUGGUUGUAUCAUAGAUAAGCUGGUACCAUAGCAUUAUGCAGUUAUCUUCUUUGCUCUUGAAAUGUACCUUAUUAUAUAAGCAAUGAUAAAUAAAAAAUACAAAUAGAGUGAAAAACCCACUCUAAUCCCACCAUGAAGAGAUAAGUACUUUUUCUGUGUAUUCUUCUAUAAAAUCUUUGUUUCCUUUAUUUUUUAACUAUUAAUGGUACUAUAAGUAGUAAUGUAAUAAGAAUUUACUAGUAGUCCCAUAGCCACAUCCCCUUGUUUGUACUCCUGCAAAAGAAAAACAUGGACAAAAACCUGAUUUCCACAGUCUGUUACCAAAUAAAUUAUACAUGAGACAAAGCCUUAGGUUUUCCACUGAAGUAAAACAUUUUGAUAGGUAAAUCAUUAUUGGACUUAAAACUUUUAGCCACAUUUUUCUUGAUAUACAGAGCAGAUAUUAGCACACUAAUGUUAUCAUUCCUGAAGGAAUAUCCUGAAUAUUAGUAUUUUUAAUGGAAAUAACAGGAUGUAUUUUAUUGUAGGUAACACAUUUUCAGUUACAAAAGGAAAACUGAAACAUUUUCCUAAUAUGACUUUCUUUGUUACCUCAUGUUUGUUUCAAGUGAUCCUUACAACAGAUCUAGAAAAUCAAUGUUUUACCUUACAGUUUGAAGUAUUUUGGAACAUUAAACAAGGCAUUUUCUUUAUACUAGAGUUCAAUUCUGUUGGAUUAUUAGAACUAAUUAAAGGCUCGAUUGUCAAAAAUGAGUUUGAAUAUUUAAACCUCAGACUCACCAUAGAGCUUUUAUGCCAAAUGUGUGGAUAAAUUGGAUGUCUAAUUUUUUAAGCUAUCUAAUUUUUAUAAUAGCUAUUAAACCAAUCCAAAAAAUCAUACUCAAGGCUAUUUUCUGUUUUGUAGUUUUAGUUUCCCCUAAAAUAGCUAUUUUAACACACAUAUUUUGUUGGGCUAGGGCACUGGGCGGGGGGGGCGGGUAAUGGUAGUGUGCUUGGAUGCUAGCUACAGUUAAAAACAUCAUUUCAGUUCCUCAUUUCAUUUGUUUUCUGUGUAGUCAGGACCUUAGUGGUAAGAAAGUAGGAAUAAUAACUUAGGAUAUUUGUCUUUUAAAAUGAAACCUACAUAAUCAUUGUGAAAUGUUUUCUGGUUUGAAGGAUGUUCCAUCAGUAGAUUUGUAUAUUAAUCUGUGUAGUCAAAGCUUAUCAGAAAAACUUAGAGGUUAUUUAUUUCCUGCAGUGUUACUAUGUCAAAUGAUUGGUAUUAUAAUUGUUCUUUUUCUAUUCAUCUUACAGCAUGAUUCUUACUGACAUUGAAUUUAUAAAGGAGUUAUAUUAUUAAACCUUUAUAUGUAUUUCUUACUAAAUGCCAUGUAUUUUAAGCUAGUUUUCUGUUGCUUUCAAUAUUGAGGAACACUGUAAUUGACCUGAAAUGCCUCUGCUGUUCAUGGUUUUGGUUUUGGUUAGUUUUAGUUCAUCAAAAACAGUUUUUCAGAUUUGUAGUAUAGGAACUUUGAUCUUAAGGCCUUUCAUACAACUCUCUAGUAUUCUUGGGCAUUUAACUGUUUUGGUAUUUAAGGUAAAUAUUCUUUAAAAAUAUCAAACAAGUUUAUGAUUUUAUACUUUGUAAUAGUUUCUAUAUUGUGAAGAAGGAGGUUUUUGUGGUCUGGGUUAAGUAAAAACUCUUCAUUUGUUUACCAGCAUGAGAAUUUACUUGGGUUUCUAUUUAUUCAUCUGUAAGUUUUUUUCCCUAAUUAUAAGAAAGCUAUUGGAACUUGUGUACUCUAUGGUAAAUACUAAAUAAAGCGGAGUACAAUAGGUAA